AAAAGGUACCGUUCUCUCAUAUAUGGGGCUGUCUCAGCUCCUUUCCUUUCCCGCAGGCCCUGUUGCUGUCAACUCUGUGCUUCGUCCAUGGGCACCUCCCGGCAUCACCUGGUCUCGCAUCUCCCUCCUAUCUCGAGGGCUCGAUAAGUCAAAGUGAAGUCCCAGGCAUGCAAUCCUUCCUCCAGAGCAGGCGGCUGGGUCUCGCCGCGAAAGCCCAAGUCGAGCGAGACCUUGAGAAGGGAGCGCUGAUAACACGUAGCAGCGGCCCGAGAGGUGUCAUCGCAGACGCGCAGGACAGCGAUGCGGUUAAUUUCGAGAAGACGGCUACUGAGGGUCACUCAGAGCCUGCGGUAGCCAGCAACGGCCAGACGAGCGAUGCGCGCCCAGUAGAGGAAACUAAGGCGAAACUCCCAGCAAAGCGCCGUCCGUCCGAUGCGACAAGCUCGGGCAGAGUCGAAGACGAAGACGACAGUCCAGAGUCUCCAGGCUCUGUCGUACAGCGCGUGCAAACCGUUGCGACGCAGUACAGCACAGCUGCAGCCCUGGGUCACUCGCUGACUGGCGUGCACGUCCGUGAUCGACAGACGCACGAGGGCAAAGGCGAAAAGGUCUUCAUUGUAGGCUGGGAGGGACCUGAUGACCCCUUGAAUCCGCGAAACUGGACCACGACCAAGCGCAUUCUCUGCAUUCUCGAAGUUUCCACCAUAGCCCUUGUCGUUGGAGCAGCUUCUGGAAUUGACGCCACCAUUUUGCCCCAGGCCGCGGAGGAUCUGGGCGUCAGUGAUGUGGCCGAGACACUAGACACAGGGUUGUACCUUGUCGGAAUGGGCCUGGGUGGUCUCAUCGCUGGGCCCUUCUCGGAGACAUUCGGUCGCAAUGCUGUCUAUACCGUGUCCAUGGCCGUCUUCAUGAUAUGGAUCAUGGCAGCAGGGCUUGCGCCCAAUUAUGGCGCUCAGAUCAUCUUUCGAUUAUUCGCUGGCUGCUCUGCCUCGACGCCUCUGGUGUGCUCUGGCGGCUCCGUUGCCGAUAUGUUCAACAGCAUCGAGAAGACGUGGGGGUUUCCCAUUUACGCCAUCUCGUCUUUCGGAGGCCCCAUGUUGGGCGCUGUGAUGGGCGCUUACAUUGGCCCCUCGACUCUGGUCAGCUGGCGCUGGAGCGAAUGGACCAUCUUGAUCUUCUCGGGCCUUAUAACCAUCCUCUUAUUUUUCUGCAUGCCCGAGACCUACGAGCCUCUACUCCUAGGAUGGAAAGCGAAGCACCUCCGCAAGAUAACCGGCGACUCACGCUACUGUACCGAGCACGAGAUCGUCAAGGCUACGCUGUUCACACGCCUAAAAGUCAGCAUGACGCGGCCCUUUCUCAUGCUUACCGAGCCCAUCAUCCUGGCUAUGGCGCUCUAUCUCACAGUGCUGUACAUCGUACUAUUCACCUUCCUAGUCGGCUGGCCGUACAUCUUCGACUAUCCGUACGACAUCGGCCAGGGCCUGAGCAACAUCGUAUUCAUCUCCAUGUUUGUUGGGCUCAUGUUCAGCUUCUUUCUGGUGCCUAUCGUCUACCGCAAGACGAUUAACCAGAUGAAGCUCGCUGAGUCCCGCGGCGAGGGCAGCCAGUUCGACCCUGAGAGUCGCCUCUGGUACGCCAUGCUGGGUUGUUCAGCAGCCAUCCCCAUCUCCCUGUUCUGGAUGGGCUGGACGAGCUCGCCGAGUAUCAGCAUCUGGUCGCCCAUUCUGGCCGCUGCGCUCUUUGGCUACGGCAUCAUCGGCAUCUUCCUAGCGGCGUACAUGUAUAUCAUCGACUCGUACGAGAUCUACUCAGCCUCGGCCCUGACAUUCGUCGCGCUGACACGAUAUGUCGCUGCGGGCGGUAUGACGGUCGUUGGUCUGCCGUUUUACAAGAACAUGGGUGUGCAUUAUACCCUGACCAUACUUGGCUCUAUAUCGGCUGUUCUGGUGCCGAUUCCGUAUUUGCUGUACAAGUGGGGGUACUUGCUAAGGAGAAGGAGCAAGUAUGCUGUUUCGACGCAUAUUUGAGUAAGCAAAGCAAUGCUUAUGGGAAGGGGGAAGAGAAUGAUGCAUUGCCUAGUAUUAGAUGAUUUCGGGCAGCACGGGCAGCACGGGCAUCUUUUAAUGUUAGUACAUGCGAGUUAAUAGUCUCGCUUCUGUAAAGUAGCAUAGUAGAAAGCUAUGUUACACUCGGGAUAUCAUCCGGGAUUUUCACACGGUGUAUUAAAGAUAGACUUAAAGGAUAAGCCGCAGCCCCUGAGGAUCAUGCACUUGUGCGUUUACAGAAAUCAAUGUAUCUACAUCCAGUAUCGGUGAUCAACG